CCGCGAGGACGCCUGCCUUGAGCUGCCUUCUCUCCGCAGCCGAGCCGGCGCCCCCUGCCCUUCGCCGCGGUGUUGGGCGGGCGCCCCUGCCGCCCUCGCUCAGCGGCUCAUCCCGGCCUUCUUCCACGCUGUCCUCCAGCCGGUCCCGUAGCUUCGCCACAGCCGGGUGCGGCGGGGCAGGCGCGAUGCGACAGCUGUGCCGCCGGGGCCGCGUUCUGGGCAUCGCGGUGGCCAUCGCGCACGGGGUCUUCUCCGGCUCCCUCAACAUCCUGCUUAAGUUCCUCAUCAGCCGCUACCAGUUCUCCUUCUUGACCCUGGUGCAGUGCCUGACCAGCUCCACCGCGGCGCUGAGCCUGGAGCUGCUGAGGCGCCUGGGGUUCAUCGCGGUGCCCCCCUUCGGCCUGAACCUGGCUCGCUCCUUCGCGGGGGUCGCCGUGCUCUCCACGCUGCAGUCCAGCCUCACGCUUUGGUCCCUGCGCGGCCUCAGCCUACCCAUGUACGUGGUCUUCAAGCGCUGCCUGCCCCUGGUCACCAUGCUCAUCGGCGUCCUGGUGCUCAAGAACGGAGCGCCCUCGCCGGGGGUGCUCGCGGCCGUGCUCAUCACCACCUGCGGUGCGGCUCUGGCAGGAGCCGGUGACCUGACCGGCGACCCCAUCGGGUACGUCACCGGCGUGCUGGCGGUGCUGGUGCACGCCGCCUAUUUGGUGCUCAUCCAGAAGGCGAGCGCAGACACGGAGCACGGGCCGCUCACCGCGCAGUACGUCAUCGCCGUGUCCGCCACCCCGCUGCUGGUCGUCUUAUCCUUUGCCAGCACCGACUCGAUCCACGCCUGGACCUUCCCCGGCUGGAAGGACCCGGCCAUGGUGACCAUCUUCGUGGCGUGCAUCCUGAUCGGCUGUGCCAUGAACUUCACCACGCUGCACUGCACCUACAUCAACUCGGCGGUGACCACCAGCUUCGUGGGGGUGGUGAAGAGCAUUGCUACCAUCACUGUGGGUAUGGUGGCCUUCAGCGACGUGGAGCCCACCUCUCUAUUCAUUGCUGGCGUCGUGGUGAACACCCUGGGCUCCAUCAUUUACUGUGCGGCCAAAUUUUUGGAAACUAGAAAGCAGAGCAACUACGAGGACCUGGAAACGCAGCCGGGGGGAGAGGAGGCGCAGCCAAGUGGAGAUCAGCUGCCAUUCGUCAUGGAGGAGCUGCCCGCAGAGGGUGGAAAUGGCGGGUCGGAAGGUGGGAAGGCAGCAGGUGGCUCCACUCAACGGGGUGGGCAAGAGGCUAGGGGCAGCCCCAGAGGGGUCUCGCUGAUGGCUAGGAGCUCGCAGAUCUCAGACAGCCCUGAAGACGUGGGCAGGAGUUCAUUAAAGGAUGCUUACCUCGAAGUGUGGAGGUUAGUUAGGGGAGCCAAGUAUGUAAAGAAGGAUUAUUUGAUAGACAAUGAGGAGUUACCCAGUCCUUGAAAAGGAAAUGCACGUAUGUAUAUAUGUACAUACACUUAUUUUAUAUGUGAAAGAUGACAUAUUUUAAUGAGGAGCCGCCCAGUUUCAUGCUUGGAGUGGGGAAGGGGAGCAAAGAAAGAAGCUGAAAUGCCUGACUGCAACAAUAUUGUACCCGUGUGAAUUUUUUAGCCUGAGAAUACCAGAGGCAUCACAGAGGCAAAAGAAUGUGAAGGUGACUAAGAAACAAAGGCAGGGUUUCAGCUGCAGAUUCCUAGCACAUUUUUGGUCAUUAUGACCAUAACCAAAUAUCUGCAUGUAUGGAGAGUCCUUCAACCACCCCCUCCAAAGAUGGAGCAGAGAGAUGAAAGCAGCACUUAAUUAAGUUCAAAGAUUACACACAGGGGCACCUUUUUGACGAUAGUUUGAACUAUAGUUUUUAUGGCCACUUUGGAAGAAUAUAUUAUUGAAAUGACAUAUUUAAAUACACUGAAUUAAUGUUUACUGUUUAAAGUCACCAGAAAUAUGUUUACUCUAAUUUACUUUCAAAAAAUAUAUAAGUGCUCUACUCUUCUAUUGGUAGAAAAUGUUAAAACUAUUUUGAAACUGAAUUCUUAGCUUUAAUCAUGAAGUUUAAAGUUGGCUUUUAGUAAUUAAAAAUAUUUGAAAGGUUUUUUAGUUCAUUGCUUUGUAAUAUUUGUUAUUGAAUGCCAUAACCUUUUUAAAAAACAGUUUUACUGUGUCCAGUAUUCCUUCAAGCAAAUGCAAUGGCUGAUGUAUAAUUCAGUGUUAACUGAAACCCAAACAGAAAUGAGACCGUUCAGUUAAGCUAGGCCUUUCAAGUCGCACCGCACAUCCUAAACCGUGUUACAGAAAGAGCAACUGCUAUAUUCACUUUAUGAUAUUUUUCUAUCUUAAAUUUGUCAAAAUAAAGUAUGAGUCUCUGCUA